GUGCGGCAGCGGCUUCUCGAGGCUUUGCGGUCCUCGCAAGAGGCAAAAGCCACAAGGCACCUGCUGGAGCAGCAGGAGAGACUGCGCAAGAAGCUGCUGUGGAGUCUGCAGGUGGCCAAGGGUAAGAGAGACCGGAUCGAGAAGAAGAUCGAACGCUUCCGCCAAGCGCUGGUUGCCACUGAUCCACCUGCUGGGGAGGAUUCCUUCCAAGAGCUGGAUCUGGUCAACGGGCUGAAGGAAGGCAUCCCGCUGCCUGUGGAUCCGUCCGUUUCUUUAGUUGGUAUCUUGCCAGAGCAGUGCUUCCUGCUGAAAUCGGCGAUGAAUCCAGGUGUGCUCGCCUGCCAGGUUCGCCCGUCGUCGAAUCCCCAAGGCCAGCGAAGCCUCAAAAGGGUCAUGGUGAAGGAGGGUGACGAUCUGCGGCAAGACCAGCUGGUCCUUCAGUUGAUCAUCCUGAUGGAUUCGAUCCUGAAGAGAUAUGGUCUGGACCUUCAGUUGACGCCCUACCAAGUGAUCGCCCUUUCUCGCAACGACGGGCUGAUCGACUUUGUUCCUGAUUCUUCCAACCUGUCCAAAGUGCUUAAAGAGCACAACGGGGACAUCCAGCAGUUCUUCCGCGCCCAUCAUCCCGCUGAUGCUGGCGUCCACAAAGGCCAGAACAAGGGCGACGACGCGAGCGGCGCGUGGUGCCCACAGAACUCCUAUGGCAUCAAGGCCGAGGUGCUGGAGAACUUCGUCCGCAGCUGUGCAGGCUAUUGUGUCAUCACCUACAUCCUCGGUAUUGGGGACCGUCACCUCGACAAUCUUAUGGUCACCAAGGACGGCAAACUCUUCCACAUUGAUUUCGGAUUUAUCUUGGGCAAAGAUCCCAAGCCAUUCCCGCCACCCAUGCGCAUCUGCAAGGAGAUGGUGGAAGGGAUGGGUGGUAAUCCUUCGCCUGGGUACCAGUCCUUCAAGUCCAAAUGUUGCGGGGAACCCUAG